AUGGCAUCUUCACCUAUCAAAAACCGCGCCCUAUGGCUUUCUUCUUUUACUGAGCCCCUUUCAAUCGUGGAGCUACCUGUUCCCAGUGCAGAUGCUGGUACUGUCGUUGUCCAAAUCUUAGCAGCUGGAUUGGCUCCCUACACGCAUCUCAUUCAUUCAGGGAAGAUACCUGGACUCAACCUUACACCGCCACUGGUCCCCAACCCUUCUGGCAUUGGUCGCGUACACGCCGUUGGGCCAGAUGCGGUACGCUUGAAGGCAGGCGACCUUGUUUUCAUUGAUGGUUUAGUUCGAGGCCGCGAUGACCCCGACAUAUGCUUGAUGCCUGGCCAUAUGACGGGCGGGCAUCCGAAAGCGCAGAAGCUCAUGCAAGGGGUCUGGAGAGACGGGUCUCUGCAGCAGUACCAAAAGGUACCUUUGGAAACCUGCUUCGUACUGGAUGAGGAGCGCCUUAUUGGUGAAUUAGGGUAUGACCCGGCAAUCCUACAUACCCUCAGUCAUUACUCAGUGGCUGCCGGUGCGUUGCUGGAGGCUGCCGACGUCAAAGUCGCCGAAACAGUCAUUAUUGGACCCUCUGGAGGUUCCUUUGGAGGUUUGGCUGUCGAGGUCGCGCUUGCCGCCGGCGCCAAUGUCAUCGCCCUAGGCCGGAGCGAGACAAAACUAAAAGUAAUGCGCGAGAAGCUGAACAAUUCGCGGCUGAGUACUGUCGCAAUGACAGGCGACGUCGAGGUGGACGCCGCGGCGAUCAUGGAUGCGACCCCUGGAAAGGCCGGGGCCGAGGUUUUCAAUGAUUGGACUCCAGGUGAACUCCAGACUCCGCCGUACUUGUCGGCCGCAGCCCUGGCGUUAAAGAAGGAUGGCAGGAUUGUGCUGAGUGGUGGAGCAGGAGGCAACUUACAACUUCCGUAUGGCCUGUGUCUCCUUCGAAAUCUCAAGCUUGUGGGAAAAUGGAUGUGUGAACGUCGUACGGUCGAUCAGGUAAUUAGGAUGGUCACCCAGGGACAAUUGAAAAUUGGAAAGGAGAGUGGAUCUGAGAUAAAGUUGUUUGGACUUGAGGAGCAUGAGGAGGCUGUUGAGCACGCACGAAAAUACGGAGGAUGGCGGAAUUAUACCGCUAUCCUGCCAAACCGGAACUAA